UGGAGGUGGGGCUGACAGCUGGGAUGAGGCCCCGCCUCCAGCUCCUAUCCAAUCAGGAUCCCUUCCUCUGGGGGCUGGGCCCACAGGCUGCUCUCCAAGCCUCUAGCUCCUGCACUAGGCUCACAGCCAGGGAUGAUGUGCUGCUGCUGCCACUGCCCCUGGCGCUGCCGCUGGCAGCCGCUACCCUGUGCCCUGACGCUGUUGCUGCUGCUGCCGCCACUCGUCUUUGUACCCUCUCUAGCUGUGGCCUCUGAGGGCCCAAACCGCUGUGAUACCAUAUACCAAGGCUUUGCUGAGUGUCUCAUCCGCCUGGGGGAUGGCAUGGGCCGCGGAGGCGAGCUACAGACUGUCUGCAGAUCCUGGAAUGAGUUCCAUGCUUGUGCGUCUCGGGUCCUGUCCGGCUGCCCAGAGGAAGCCGCUGCAGUGUGGGAGUCACUGCAGCGAGAAGCUCGCCGUGCCCCCCACCCAGAUAACUUGCACAUCCUCUGUGGCGCUCCUGUGAGUGUUCGGGAGAUGGUUGCUGGCCCAGAGACCAACCAGGAGACACUACGGGCCACAGCUCCUGCGCUCGCUCCAGCCCCAGCCCCUGCAUUGCUUGCUGCUGCUCUGGCACUUGCCUGCCUCCUGGGGCCUCUGGCCUAAACAGUCUGGUUGGCUAGCCAACAGUGCCCUUGCCUCCCAUCACUGCAUGCAGUGGCCGCCAUGUGGGCUCUGCAGAGUGUGCAUAAUUUUCAUUAAAGGUAUUUAUAUUUGCACCAAGCUGUUUUCUUUCUCCUGGCUGUGACCCUCUUGGCAAAGGCAGGGGCCCCCAGAAGCUGAUCCCAGCAUGGAAUGGGCGGGCUCAGGACCUCCACAAGGGACUCAUCCACCCUUACAAACAUUCGUUUCAUGAUGGCUGUGUUGAGGUUUCUUUCCAUUACACCUUAGAUCCCAGGAGUACCUCGGAUCCCAAGAGCUCUUGUAGAGACCCAAGAUCUGCCGGAAUGCACAGCCUUUCUCUGCCUUCCCAACCCAACAGGGAUGUGGGGAACCAAUGGGGUCCAGAACUCACUCCUAGUCGCCAGGUGAAGUCUCUCUCAGGCUCCUGCCGUCUCCUGGUGCCUUACCUGCACCUCCCUCUGCUAAACUAUCACCUCAGCCUUCAAGACGUGCAGACUCGGUGCCCAGUCUUCUCUUUCGAGGUCUGGACCAGACUGUCCAAAGAGAAGUCCACAUUCAAACCCCUGACAGGAUCUGAACUUACACAAGUUGAAGCCAUAAUGAGGAGGUGAUCUGGCUUCUGCUCUCCAGAAGCUUGCUCUUUGGGGUUUGCAGUGAGAAAACAAAAUGAUUCAAGAAGGUGUUUCGGAAGCCAUGUUUCGGAGAGUAGAUGG